AUGGAAGAAAAAAUAAAGUUUGAACAAACCCUUGAGAAGAAACAGUUCGAAGUACAGAAAGAAAUAGGCAAGGGAUCCUACGGCACAAUUUUCCAAUGCUAUCACACCAUUAAAAACCAAACCUACGCCGUCAAAGUAAUUAACAAACAUCCACUAGCCAAUCCAACAGACAUUAAAUGUUUCGUCAAAGAAUCCAAAAUCAUGAAACACCUCUCUCCACACCCGAACAUUCUUAAAAUAUUUGAUUCCUUCGAAGACACCGAUUUCUCCUUCAUCGUUCUUGAACUCUGUCAGCCCAAUUAUGACCUCUUGGAACGCAUCCUCAAAGGUCCUGUAUCGGAACAACAAGCUGCUACGUACAUGAAGAACCUUCUAGAAGCAAUAGUGCACUGCCAUAAGCAUGGAAUAGCACACAAAGACAUAAAACCAGAUAAUAUUUUGUUUGAUUUUAAUGGAAACAUUAAACUUGCUGAUUUUGGUAGUGCAGAGUGGUUAUUUGAGGGUGGAAAGAAAAGGAACGAAUGUGUUGGAACAUUUCAUUAUAUGGCACCUGAAGUAAUUUUGGGAAAAGAACAUGAUAGUACCAAAGUUGAUGUUUGGAGUUGUGGUGUUACUCUUUAUGUAAUGUUGUGUGCAAUAGAGCCCUUUCAUGGAGAAACUCCUUGUGAUACUUUUAAGGCUAUCUUGAAGACAAAUUUGAGGUUUCCAAUGACAACAUUUAUAUCUAUGUCGACACCUGCUACUGAUCUUAUCAAGAAGAUGAUUUGUAGGGAUCCCUCUAAAAGAAUAUCAGCUGAGGAAGCUUUGAUGCAUCCGUGGAUCUUGAAAGGUGGAGUGAUUGGUGACAAUAUUCAGCCACUAAAGCGCGGUGCAAGAAAAUUUCUUUAG